AUGUUGACGGUGCACCAGAGCGAGCAGUUGAAGGACCGCGGCAUCAAAGUCAUUUGCAUGGAUCCCGGCUGGGUCAAGACACGAAUGGGUGGCGAAGGCGCAAUUCUCGAACCCGACGUCAGCAUUUCAGGAAUGCUCAAGACCCUGCACACCCUAAAGGACUCGGACUCGGGCAAAUUCUACACGUACACGGGGGAUUUGGUGCCGUGGUAG